UAAAACUUCUCGGGUUACUAAAAUGGAAACGGAACCUCCGGCAAGACUUACACAGGGACGAUCGGAAACCGAACAUCCAUUGGAGUGCUGCCUCACAAAAACCCGAAGAACUCAAGUUAAGAGAUCCAGCCAUGGAUAAGAGCUCCCUCGUCUCUGAUUUCCUCUCCUUUCUCAAUGCUUCUCCCACCGCUUUUCAUGCCGUCGACGAGUCAAAGAGACGGCUUUUGAAGGCUGGGUAUGAACAGAUUUCAGAGAGAGAUGAUUGGAAACUCGAAGCCGGCAAAAAAUACUUCUUCACCAGAAAUUACUCCACUAUUGUUGCUUUUGCCAUUGGUCACAAAUACGUAGCUGGAAACGGGUUCCAUAUUAUUGGAGCUCAUACUGAUAGUCCGUGCCUCAAAUUGAAACCUGUAUCCAAGAUAACUAAAGGUGGAUGCUUGGAGGUUGGUGUUCAAACAUAUGGAGGUGGACUGUGGUACACCUGGUUUGAUCGUGACUUGACUGUUGCAGGACGUGUGAUUCUUAAAGAAGAGAAAGCAGGUUCUGUCUCGUAUUCUCAUCGCCUUGUCAGGAUUGAGGAUCCUAUCAUGAGGAUUCCUACCUUGGCCAUUCACUUGGACAGGAAUGUGAACACUGAAGGUUUUAAGCCAAACACUCAGACACACCUCGUUCCAGUACUGGCAACAGCUAUUAAGGCGGAGCUCAAUAAAACGCCAGCUGAAAGUGGUGAACAUGACGAAGGAAAGAAGUGUGCUGAAACUAGUUCUAAAUCAAAGCAUCAUCCGCUUCUAAUGGAGAUCAUUGCAAACGCACUGGGUUGUAAACCUGAGGAGAUAUGCGACUUUGAGCUGCAAGCAUGUGACACUCAGCCAAGUAUACUAGCUGGUGCAGCUAAAGAAUUUAUUUUCUCGGGAAGACUAGAUAAUCUCUGCAUGUCAUUUUGCUCUCUGAAGGCACUUAUAGAUGCAACGUCAUCUGGAAGUGACUUAGAGGAUGAAAGCGGAAUAAGAAUGGUGGCACUAUUUGAUCAUGAAGAAGUUGGCUCCAAUUCAGCGCAAGGAGCUGGAUCCCCUGUCAUGAUUGAUGCUAUGUCACACAUCACAAGUUGCUUCAGCUCUGACACUAAGGUGCUCAAAAAAGCGAUUCAGAAAAGUUUGCUUGUCUCUGCUGACAUGGCACAUGCUUUACAUCCAAACUUUAUGGACAAACACGAAGAGAAUCAUCAGCCAAAGAUGCACGGAGGACUUGUCAUCAAACACAAUGCAAAUCAACGUUACGCCACUAAUGCCGUAACUUCCUUUGUAUUCAGAGAGAUAGCAGAGAAGCAUAAUCUGCCUGUUCAGGAUUUUGUGGUGCGUAAUGAUAUGGGUUGCGGAUCGACCAUUGGUCCAAUCCUAGCAAGCAGUGUGGGGAUAAGGACGGUUGAUGUUGGAGCUCCUCAGCUCUCAAUGCAUAGCAUCCGUGAGAUGUGUGCUGCAGAUGACGUGAAGCAUUCAUAUGAACACUUUAAAGCUUUCUUCCAAGAGUUCACUCACCUUGACGCCAAACUCACUAUCGACGUUUGAGAGAUUCUUAAAUCUUACUGCUGUUUAAGUUGGAACUGAAAAGAUCCUUUGUUAGGAAAAACUACAUUAAUAAAAGGAUUUAUAGCCAUGUUAUGUGUUGCCUGCGGUUACCAUCAAUUCACCCUCCCGAAUAUUCAUCAACUUAUUACUUAAGCGAUUCAUUUAAUUGAGUGGUUUAUCUCAAUUAUCUUGAAAUGAAGAAGAUCAAAAGACAUAUAUAUGAUACUUUUGUUAGAGCUU